UAUGAAUCCACAAAUCAAAACUUGUCCAGCCAGUUCUGUUAAUAAGAACGGGGCAUGGUUUCUGCUGGGACAGCCCAACAGGUUCAUCAUCAGCUAUAUAACCUGAUGAGGUGGGACUGAAAGCUAAAACUUUCUGGUCCAAAGCUAAGCUCCAGACCUGGUCUUCUGAAAGAGAAGACGGACAUCAUAUGCUGAUUUUUCUGGGACAUUGCACAGGAAAUUGAGGCAGAGACCUAUUGGUGGGGGAAAAACACACACUCUGCUUGACAUCAGGAGACCCAAAGAUUGGAAGGACGCCAACUCAACGAGAAUCUUUCUCAACAGGAUAAAACAAUAUACAAUCUGCAACAUGUCCUCCAUGUUUGAGAAUAUUAGUAAGGACUUGGUCAAAGAGCUUGGAGACAAAGACCUGAGGCCUGUGAAAUACCUGUUGAGUGCCAACAAAUUCCGUCAGUUUGCAAUUUUACGGAAGAAGAAGAAGACUCUCUCACAUUUCUGGGAACUACCUGAUAUUCCAGUAGAAUACACCCUCAUGGACAUCCUGGAGCCAAGCUCUUCAGUCCCAGAAACUGUUGUCAAGGGCCCAUUUCUCUUCAGUGACACCACGUUCCAGAAGUACAAGGCUUCUGCAGAUGUGACUGCCGUGCUAGACGUGAACAUGUCAGGAGAAGCUACUAAGUGCCAUGAAUCCUCCCUCCAGUUUCAGGCUGUUACCAUCCCGCCCCAAAACUGGAAAGACCUUCUAAAGAGGAAAGUGCUGGAUCAGGAGCUGCUUUUUCUGAGGAAGUGCCGGAACAGAGAUGACAAUCUCUAUGUGGUGACGGAGGCCGUGGAACUGAUCAACAGCACUGUGCUGCAUGACAGCAGCAGUGUGAAUGUUAUGGGAAAAUUCUUCAUCCCUUGGAUGACUUCUGUCAAGGGUCAAGGCCAGGGAGAGGGUCUGAAAAUGAGAGAGAAGAUGUUGACUCUGCCACAGGGCACAGUGCUGGCCUAUAAGAAGAAGCAGCUGAUUUUUAAGAAGAAUGGCUGGGACAUCCUCAUCUCAGAUGACGACAAGCAGAAAACCUUUCCAGAAGAGGCAAUCCUGCUACAAGCGAUGCAGGUAUCAGUCGCUGAUGAAAAUGGUCACAUGUCCCCAAUGAGUAUGUCUGCUGGAGUCAGGAGUGUGGAUCUCAAGCUGCAAUCAUCUGGAAGAAUAUCGAGAGUCCUUUGGCAAGAUUUCAAGCAACUACAUGAGGAGAUUUCCCAGAAAAUGGAGGCCCUGGCCCAGCUCUCAAAGGACACUCAGGAUUCUAUAUUCCUUAAUAUCCUGAACAUGCUUGGGAACCGAGAGGCUCUGCAGGAUCUCAUGGACAUGCUGGAUGAGAGCCCCUUGGAUCAUCUGGAUGACUUUGGUGGCACAAUCCUGAGUGAGAUGCAAGAGGACUUAAGAGACCUAUGGAUCCAGGCAAGAUUCCACAUCGUCUACCUCCUUGAAGCCAUACUGGUGCUGAGUGACACUCAACAUGAUCUGCUGGCCCAGUCCAUGGAAAAGAGGAUCCUGCUCCAGCAGCAAAAGCUGGUAAGGAGCAUCCUAGAGCCUAACUUCAAAUACUCCUGGAACAUUCCCUUCACCCUCAAACCCGAGCUCCUUGCCCCACUCCAGGGUGAGGAUUUAGCCAUCACCUAUGGCCUACUGGAGGAGUGUGGCCUGAAAAUGGAACUGAAUAGACCCGUGUCAACCUGGGAUCUGGAAGCCAAGCAGCCCCUGUCUGCCCUGUAUGGGACCCUGUCGUUGCUGCAGCAACUGACAGUCAGUCCAGAGAGGCCUGGUCCCACUCCAGUCUAUGCUGAGAGUGUCCCUGGUGAGCUCAGGGGGAUCUAGGGGCCACCACUUCUGCCGUUCCAGGCAGGAUGGAGCCAGGGAUCGGUGGAAACUUGAGAGAAUGUUCUGAGGUGAUAGAAAUAUCUGUAUCUUGAUAAAGGUUUAUGCAACUGUCAAAACUCAACAAAUAGUAUCUAAAGAUGUGUAAGCAUUUCAGGGUCGCCUGGGUGGCUCAUUUGAAUGAGCGUCCAACUUCAACUCAGGUCAUG